GUCUUCGUCUUCGUCUUCGUCUUCGUCUUUAUUCGUGUGGCCUCCAACCAAGCAUCAGAAUCACCGUCCUCUCCAUCAAAAGGAAAAACGCCAUCCCCUCCAGGCCUAGAAAGAAAAACAACUCGAGACCGUCAUGCCUUAUGGCCACCGCUGGUGCCGUCGUUGACCGACUCCUGCGCCGGCUGGCCUCGAGCGAUGCUCGCCGUUUGGAGCUGCCAUCAAGCAAAUUUGAUGACGUGGCUCAUGUGGGCCGCACUAUGUCGAGGUUGCAAGAUGUGCUGGGAAGCCUGGAGAGGCUGUAUUUCAAGAUGCCUGCGGAGGCGCAGGAUUGGAUGAGGGACAUCAAGCAGAUCGCCUAUGAUAUGGAAGAUCUCCUGGAUGAGUUCGAAGACCCUUGUGGCAUCGUCAGAUCUCCCAAGAGCGGAUCCUGGAUAGCAAGGGCAAAAUCAUUGUGUUCAGCAAUUCCCUUUUUGAUGCAUCAUAGUGGAGAACAAAUGAUGAAGGUGCUCAGAAGGAAGUUAGAUCUAUCGGUGAAAGAUUCUGUCAUGUACAGUUUAAUGCAGCCCUGUUUAUGCGAUCACAAGCCAUCUAGCAAGGAGCCAGUGUUUGACGGAACUGCCACUAUCGGAAGGGAUAAUGACAAAGAAAUUAUAAAAACUUUGCUCUUGAAGAAUGAUGGAGAUAAUCUAACCAUCAUUCCUAUUGUUGGCCUUGCGGGUUUGGGCAAGACGACUCUAGCAAGAUUAAUUUUUUAUGACCAGGCUGGAGAAGGGUGGAAUUUUGAUCUACGUAUCUGGAUCGAUUUGAGCAGGAGGAAGUUUGAUCUUAACGAAAUUGCUAGUGGUAUAAUCUCACGUGUUAACCAAACAGAAGAAAUUAUCAUUUCGGAAGUUACCGCAAAUGAUCAAACUCGAAACAAUCUUCACUCUAUAAAGAAACACCUCCGAGAGUUUCUUCAUGACAAGCGCUGUUUGAUUGUGUUGGAUGGCUUGUUUAGCACAGAUGAAAACCAACUAGCCGAGUUAAAGGAUAUGUUAGGGGGUAAAAGGAUGUGCAUCAAGAUCAUCGUGACCACUUCCUGUGAAACAACUGCAGAGUUAUUGCACACUAUUCCACCAUAUAAGCUGGGUCCUUUAUCUGAAGCUGAUUGCUGGAAAAUAUUUUCUCAAAGUGCAUUUGAUAAUGGAGAUGGAAACACAAAUCUCAUUGAAAUUGGAAAGCAAAUUGUGAAGGAGUGUGAAGGCUUACCAGCAGUAGCAUAUUCUCUUGGUUCAUUGGUGCGUAACAAGGAUGAGGGUGCCUGGUUAUGGGCAAGUGGCAAGGAAAUAUGGGAAUUAGGAAGCACAUUUUCCGAUCGGGUUGAAGUGCUCGCACCAUUCGGCGAAAUGUAUUAUGAUAUGCCAUCGGCAUUGAAGUUAUGCUUUUCUUACUUGUCCAUCUUCCCUAGAGGAUCUAUAAUUGAUAAGGAGAAACUUAUCCAGCAGUGGGUGGCACUAGACAUGGUUGGGUCCAAACAUGGGACGCUACCUACUAAUGUUCAGGGAGAGAUGUACAUUGAGGAACUUUUAUCCAUAUAUUUCCUGCAAAUUCAAGAUAUGCCAUCUGCUUCUCGAAGUACUAUGGCACUCCAAGUGCACAGCAUGGUGCAUGCAUUUGCAAAAUAUGUUGCUGGUAAUGAUCUCAUAAUUUUGGAUGGUGGCAACCUGUCAAUUAGCCCUUCAGCUGAAAAGAUCAGUUACAACUAUGUGCUUGCGAUGAAUGACACUGGACAAACAACAUCCCUGAAAGAGUUGCUCACCAAGGCAAGAGCAGUAUCAUUCAAAAACAGUUCGGCAUCGAAGCUUCGUGCAGAUGCGUUCUCGAAACUGAACCACUUACGUGUCUUAGAUCUUGCCAGUUGUCAUAUUGUGGAACUGCCAGGUUCCAUUUGCUAUUUGAAACACCUGAGGUACCUCGAUUGCUCUGGAUCGAAGAUCCGUGCAGUACUGGAUCAGAUGAGUAGUUUACAAAAACUUGAGGUCCUGGAUCUCUCAGAGUCAUCUCUUGAGGAGUUACCCGCAUUUGUUGGUUCUUAUCAGAAGUUAACAUAUCUGAACCUACAAGGAUGUGACAAACUUCAAAACUUGCCUCCAACACUUGGUGAUCUCAAAAGACUACAAUAUCUUAACCUUUCACACUGUCCUGGAGUUAGUAAUAAAGUACUAGAAUAUCUUUGUGGACUCCAUAAACUUCGAACCUUGGAUCUGUCAGGUUUCACUGAGCUUCAACAGUUUCCUCAUUUAUUUGCUGACCUAACAAACUUAGAGGAUCUAAACCUGUCAGGUUGUUCUAGACUGGAGAUUCUACCAGAAUCUUUCGGCAAACUUGUUUCUCUUCGGUUCUUGAACUUAUCAGGUUGCUCUGAGCUUCAUCAGUUGCCAGAGUCUAUUAUAGGUCUUGUAAAUUUGCAGUAUCUGAACCUGGCACAGGUUCUCCUUGAGCUGCCCAACUAUCUUAGCAAGCUGGAGAGGCUCCACACGUUGGACAUCACUGGAUAUCGUUUACCAGUGUCAUCAGACGCAGCUGCAGCAUUUUCAAGCAUUAUACAGAAUAUGCCUAAUCUUAAAUUGCUCUUGACUGACGAUUCUAAUAUUGAAAAUUACACAUCCCAGCACAUUCAGUGGUCCACAAAUCUUGGCAAGCAGUCCUUUCAAAUCAGAAACAUAGUAAAAACAGGAGAAUCUCUUUAUGCUCCAGAGGGGGCAAAUCUGAUGCCAAUGCAAACCUUCCUAUACCCGACGAAUCUCCAGGAGGUGAAUCUGCAUGAAGAAAUAAAUGAGGGUACACAGGAUGUGUAUGCUGAUGAUUCCAUCAAUGAUAGUAAGGAGAUCAUUGAGGUUGAGGAUUCAUUUGCAUCUUCAGGUGGACAUGCUUCUUUUUGCCCCGACUCCUCAGCUGGGGAAAGCUCCAAGCUCGCAGGUUGGAAUGCGAUUUUCAAUCCACGCACCUCCAGUAGCCAUGGUCCUGCAGUAUCCACGCUACUCUACCCACGGAGUAAGGAUGAGAUUCUGGAGUCGGUGAAUGUUAAGGCCUUCACUUUUAAUGAGCUGAAGAUGGCCACGAGAAACUUCAGCCCACAAACUAUGCUAGGUGAGGGUAGUUUAGGGGCGACAUAUAAGGGGUGGAUUGAUGAGACUACGCUUGCCCCAGCUAAAGAAGGCACAGGGAUGGUCGUUGCUGUCAAGAAGCUCAAUGAGAAUGCUUAUUACAUGGAUCAUCAAGAGUGGCUGGCUAAAGUUAAGUACAUUGCACAGCUGUCACAUCCACGCCUUGUAAAGAUCAUCGGGUACUGCCUUGAAGACGAACAACGUCUACUCGUCUAUGAAUUCAUGUCCUGUGGGAGUUUGGACGAUCAUCUAUUCAGGAGUCGUUUUGAGACGCUUCCUUGGAACACCCGGAUGAAAAUUGCCCUUGGAACGGCAGAGGGGCUCAAAUUUCUCCACAGUCAGGAUGCUGAAAUCAUUCUCCCUGACUUCAAGGCCACUAAUGUCCUUCUGGACGCGAAUUAUGAUGCCAAGAUUUCUCAUUUUGGGCUGGUGAAGCAUGGGUGGAUCAGAGACGAGAGCCAUGUCUCCAAGAGAGCUGUGAGUAGGUACACCCUCCCGGAAUAUGUUACGACAGGUCAUGUUACCGCCAAGAGCGACGUCUUCAGUUUUGGAGUUGUACUCCUAGAAUUGCUGUCAGGAAAACGUGCAUGGAACACUAACCGGCUGUUACAUCAAAUGAACCUAGUAAAUUGGGCCAGGCCAUACCUUGAAAAAAGGAAGCCCCGGAUCAGGAGCAUCGUGGAUUCUAGUCUGGGGGUGCAUUAUUCGCUUCCCGGGGCCGAGAAGGCUGCAAAACUAGCAUCCCGAUGCCUCUCUGUUGAUCCCAUGCAAAGGCCUUCCAUGGAGCAGGUGGUCGAGGUCCUAGAACAGCUACAGGAUGCCAAGAACACCGAGAAGAAGACAUCCCUCAGUUAUGGUUCGAAAGGAAAGACAAGGGGGGAACCCGCAUCGGCCAGCAAGAACAAGGGAAUUUCCCGGUGGUUAAAAGGCAGCUCGGCUCAAACAACCAGGCAUGUUCAUACAUAAAUUCAAAUGUUCGUACAUGCAGGCAAAGGCAAUCAAACUGACUGCCGGCAAAGCAUAAAUUCAAGCAAUUCUACGAGACAUUUACUUUUGGGGGUGCACAUAAUGGUCGGCUCACCAUCCAAUUUAGAAUCUGAUGAUUGCACUGAAGAACAGGGUUUUCAUGUGACGAGCCUUCCAGUAGGACAGGCUCAAUCGAUCUCAACACUAAUGCCAACGAAGCAAGCAAGAGAUGAACAGAAAACGGUUCUGCGAUCGAUGCCCGGCGUAUGAAUCCAAUACGCACAGCAUAUCA